AUGAUCUCUGCAGCGCCUCUCUACAGCGGGGUGCACAACUGGACUGGCGCUGAACGGAUUCGCAUGUGUGGCCUCAGCGAAGAGAGGUGAGGUGCGUGUGGCCUCCACAGGCCGGGAGGGAAGAGGUUGGGCAGCUGGUGUGUGUGAGGUGGUCGGGUUCCUUGUUAGAGGAUGCUGGGAAAAGGGGUGUCCUCCAGUUUGCAGAAAUGCAGUUCAGCUGACUUAAUUUGUAGGGUGACUCCGGAGUGGGGCUGGGGAACCUGUGGCCUUCCAGACUUUGCUGGGCUACAACUCCCCCCAUUCCUGAUUGUUGCCUGGGGGCUUAUGGGAAUUGCAGUCCAGCAACAUCUGCAGGGACACAAGUUCCAACAAGCUCCCUGCACCAGACUUCAGCCUUCAACUGUUGCACCAGGUACCCACUACUUAUCUACAGUGGGUCAAAACAGUAGCUCUACAACCAUACAAAUAUAUGGUAAGAAAAAUAAUAAAUGGGUCAGCAUAUGUAUGAUUGAGCUAAAGGAAGUUCCUGGGUCUGAAAAAGCUGGAAGACUACUGCUUUGAAGUAGCUAUCUUGGUACGCACCAGAUGUGCUGACUGCGGCUCAGAUCAGCACCAGCCAGGACAUUUUACGAUCUCUGUUAAUUAUUUUAACUCUCUCUUUUUUGCUGGAUGUGUGUGGCUUUGUUGUUUAAUAAUAAUGAAGGUUUUAUCCUUUCCUCCAAGUAACUUGUGGUUCUUCUCUCCCCCCCGUUGCUUAUUCUCACAACAACCCUGUGAGGUAGGCUACUUUGAAAGAGAGUGAUCAGCCCAAAGUCACCCAGGGAGCCUCAUGGCUGAGCGGAGGUUUUAACCUGGGUCUCUCUUCUUUCCUAGUCUGCUCUAACCACUGCAUCACAUGGUAUCGAGCUUUUUUGUCAUUAAGUGGUACAUUGAAUAAUAAUAAUAAUAUGUUGUUGUUAUCAUUAUCAUCAUUAGUUUAAAGUAUGAAUUUGGCCAAGUAGUACUCAAUAUUGCGAGAUCUAUAUUAGGAUGGUAGUUUUCAAGCUAAAAUCAGAAACUUUCAAUGCAUCAGAUUUGAAUAGAGAAGCUUUGCUGGAUCCUUUGAAUUUGUGCAAGUUGUAUGAAAUUUCACCUGUAGCCGUAUGCAUCACCAGCAGAGGCAAAGGGGGACAAAUCACUCCUACAUGAUCACAGUCACCUCUCUGAGUCUCUCAUAUGCAGUGGUGCUGUCAGGGUAGGGUUUGGAGACGCAUGUUCAGAGCCCCACUCCUUAGCAAAAGGAGCAGGAGGGGUCCCAAAUGCAACAGGACUGGCUUUCUACAUUUUUGAAGUGAUGUAAUGCACGUAAUAACUAGCAAAAGUUCCCCGCUGCCCCCAGCAAGACAGUGUUUCACGAUGUGUAUAUACCAUAAAUCUGAAGCUCAUUUGAAGCAUAUGCUUUCUCCCAAAGGACCCCGGGAACUGUAGGUCGUUUUUAGUUGCCAAGAAUUGCAGCUUUGUGAGGAGUAGACUACAGCUCCCAGGAUUCUUAGAAGAAAGUCACUUGCUUUAAAUUUAUAGCUUGUAUGCAGCCUGGAAUUACCUGACAGCACCACCACUAACCACAUGUUUUUGAAGAGAUAGUGCUGCUCUACCUCUCCCAAAAAUGUUGGGGUGGAGGGAAAGAAAGAUUACUUUCUAAAAACGUGGCCAGGCUUUCCACUCAGCACUCUUUAAGUAGAGAAGGGGAUUGAGGUCAGGCCAAGUGGAUAAUGUGGGGUAUUUCUCCAUGGUUGAGAUAUGAGAGAAUUUGUGGAAAGUCUGGGAAGCUUGAGGUGAGGGAUCUCAGGGGGGAAGGUGGAUGGAAGGGAUCUCUUGGCCUCUUCUUUCCCCCCACACUUUGGCCACAAUCUCACCUGCUACUUCACAAGUUUACUUCCAUCAUCGGUGAUAAAGUUUGGGAAGCUGCAGCCCUGGACCCAAAACAGCAUAGAUUUGGGAGUGGGUGCCACACAAAUCGAGGUGAACAGGUAGAAAAAGGUCUUGGAAGGGUCCCUUGUUAUGGCUUUGUUAGUGUUCUUCAACCUUGGCUUCCCUGGAGUUGCAGGACUACAGCUCCCAUCAUCCCUGACUCUUGGCUAAACUGGUUUUGCAUGAUGGGAGUUUUAGUCCAGCAACAGCUGGAGACCAAGACUUAAGCAUUCAGUGAUUCUGAAUUUCUCUUAAGUUAUACAGGCCUACUGCUGAAGGUUGGGAAGCCAACCUUGCCUUGCUUGCACAUCCUUUAGGACAAGCGUGAGCUGUGUAUGACUCAUGAACUGCAUCUGGCUGACGAAGCCCCCUGCCUAUGUGCAUCUGCUCACAAGAGAUACCUCCAAAAGUGGGUUGGGGAGAUGCUUUGGGUCUUGCAGGUUUGGGCGAUUGUUUCUCAGCUUCACAAUUCUUUCUCUUCUUCCUGCAACAGGAGAGCCCCACUUUCUGAUGAAGAAUCCAACACCAGCAACUCCCAGCAUCUGGGCUCCCCUGACUUCUGCACUGGCAGCAGCUUUUCCAAGGUAAGGGGCAGCUUAGUGGCUGUACCUAGGGGAGGAAGCUUUGGUUCUUGCUGAGAUACAGAGGGCCUAAGUGGCUAAUUACCUGGCCAGCUCAAAUGGAAUGGGCUGCCACAGGGUGGACUGAUGGCCGUGGACUUAUAUAAAGGGUGUUAUGCACAUUCAUGGAGGAGAAGGAGAGAUUUGUUGAUGGCUGUUUACCCCAUGACCAAGAGGUAGAGCAGCUGCUUUGCAUGUGUAUAGACCCAGGCUCCAUCCACGUCAACUCCAGAGGAUCAGGUUGCAGGUUCUAGGAAGGACUCUUGCCUGAGACCCUGGGAAGCUGCUGCCAGUCAAAGAAGACAGUGCUGGGUUAGAUGGGCCAGUCAUCUGAACCUGGUACAAAAGGAUAUUCCUGUUUCUUAAGCCAGGGUAGCUAAAUGGAACCUCCAUGUGCUGAGGCAGUCUGUCCCCGAGCACCAGAUAUUGGGGACAAAUAGGGACCUUUGAUCUGAUGAAGCAGGAAAGGGAUUCUUAUGUUGCUUUCUUCGAACAAAUGUUGCAUAGUGGCUAUUAAAACAAACAAACCAGAACAUGAACUGGACAGUUCUCAGUUCAACUCUUGCCUCUGCCAUGAAAUUAGGUGCUGGUAAUAAUAAUAAUAAUAAUAAUAAUAAUAAUAAUAAUAAUAAUACCCUGCCCAUCUGGCUGGAUUUCCCCAGCCACUCUGGGCAGCUUACAGGCUUACAGCAUAUAUCAGAACAUACUAAAACAUCAAAAUUAAAAACGUCCCUAAGCAGAGCUGCCUCCAAAUGUCUUCUAAAAGUCAAAUAGUUGUUUAUUUCCUUGACAUCUGAUGGGAGGGCGUUCCACAGGGCUACAGAGAAGGCUCUUUGCCUGGUUCCCUGUAACUUCGCUUCUUGCAGUGAGGGAACCACCAGAAGAAGAUUUGGAGGAGGACCUCAGUGUCUGGGCCGAAUGAUGGAGGAGGAGACGCUCCUUCAGGUAUACUGGACCAAGGCCGUUUAGGACUUUAAAGUCAACACCAGUACCUUGAAUUGUGCUCAGAAACGCACUGGGAGCCAAUGUAGGUCAUUCAAGACCGGUGUUAUAUGGUCUCGGCGGCCCCUCCCAGUCACCAGUCUAGCUGCUGCAUUCUGGAUUAGUUGUAGUUUCUGAGUCACCUUCAAAGGUAGCCCCAUGUAGAGCACAUUGCAGUAGUCCAAGCAGGAGAUAACCAGGGCACACAUUACUUUGGUGAGGCAGUCUGAAGGGAGGUGGGGUCUAACCCGGCGUACCAGGUGGAGGUGUGGGUCACCCUUGUUGAUUCCAGGUAGCCUUAGGCGAGUCACUCUGCCUUGGCUCCCUAGCAAGACAAUAAAACUGAUUUCUAACCUGCUUUAGGAUUCCUGAUAUAAUUUGCAUGUGAAACACCAACAACAUGUUUAUACAAUAGUGUUAUUGACGCAAUUGCCUUCCCUCGUUGCUGCAGGUGGAGCUCACGGCAGUUUCGAGUAGCGGCGGCAGUGCCCAAGGGUUUGAGGCAGAGGGCAUCGUGGAGGAGGAACUCGGACCUACACUUAAGGAGCAGCCCUGCGAGCCAGACUGUGCUGAGAAGGCCUUGAAGGGCGGCGAUGCCAACCCAGGCAAAGUUAGGGAGGGCGGACUCACAAGGCCAGAGAGCAGCAGCAGCCCGGACUGUGCACAGCCGUCUGCUAAGGAGGCGGCAGAGGUCUCCCCUGCUUGCCCAAAGGCUCUGGAGAGUGAGCAUCCAGCAAAGGAGAAGAGCACCCCAGCUGCUGGCACAACCCUGACAGCUGCCGCCACGGCUGCCGCCGCCACGGCCACCAACAGCUGCAGCACUUUGACCUCUCCCCCAGCCACCUUCACCUUGAAAAGCGUCUGUUUCUCCACUUCUCAGGCCCCCGCUAUGCAAAAAAUGGCCCUCUCCUUCCCACCUGGAGCAGUCCUCACCCCCAGCCAGCCCCUGGUUUACCUCCCACCUCUUCCGAGCCCACUCGGGGUCCCGUCUGCCCUUGCCCUGCCUGUCAUACCCUCCUUCCCACAAGACCCCUGCCUGCCUAGCCUUCUCGCCCCCUCUGAGCUGCGCUCUUACCCAUAUGCCUUCUCCGUGGCCAGGCCUUUGGCCGCAGAUCCCAAAGUGGCACCUGUGGAGACAAGCCAGCUGAACUGCCCUGCCCCGUCAGGAGAGAGCAGCGCCCUUGCAGUCACUGGGCCCUCCUCUGCUGUCGAAGGCUCGGACCUCUCGCCUAGCACGCCUGCCUCGGCAGCAGCAGGUGCCAGCACUGUCCCGCUGUCAGUCGCCGCCAGCGUGCUCACCAGGGCCCCGGCAGUCCCGGAACAGCUUCCCUCAGGCGUCCUGGCCUCCAUCUCCCCGCUGAAAUCCCCCCCACAGCUGGAGCGUGAGAUGGUCUCCCCGGAAUGCAGCGAGAUGCCCCUUGACCUUUCCGCCAAGUCAAACCGCCAGAAGCUGCCUCCUCCGAGCCAGCGCAAGACGCCCCCGAUGCCUGUGUUGACCCCAGUGCACACCAGCGGCAAAGCACUGCUCACCACGGUCUUCUCCAAGCCUCAGCGGGUGGCUCAGGCCAUCGGCGGCCCGGGCACCGCUUCACCCUUCGUCAUCUUCCCGGAGUUCCUCCGCAAUGGGGAGCAGGGCUCCUGGGUGAAGAACUCGACUGCCCUCAUCAGCACCAUCCCAGGCACCUACGUUGGGGUGGCCAACCCAGUCCCAGCUUCCGUGCUGCUGGGCAAGGAUUCCGGCCCCGGCCUUGGCAGGGACUCCCGCCAUCUGGCCAAGCAAGAGCUCAUUUCCAUUGUUGACCAGGGAGAGCCUCGCAGUGGUGGGCUGCCUCUCGGGAAGAAGAGUGGUGGAGAGGGGCCUCCUGACCCCGCACGGCAGCUCCUUCGUGGCCGGGGUGUCCCAGGGGCCCAGUUGCACCCUUCAAAGGAGAUGGCCAUUUGGAGCCCCAGCCAGGGAAGCGUUUACCCUCGGUGCUCAGUCAACGGGAAGCCUGCCAGCCCCCAGCUGCUGCCCGUGGGGUGGUCGCCUUAUCAUCAGGGCCCUCUGCUUUCCAUCGGCAUCUCGGCAGCCGGGCAGCUGUGCCCGAGUCAAGUUGCCCCCUGCAAACCAGCUGGCGCAGGCGAGCUGGCCACGUUCCCUGGUGUGCAGCCGAUAGAGUCCUCUGCUGUGGUCCAGAAGCCCCCCGAAGCUCCCUCUCAGGGCAAGGGUUGUAAGGCAGCCUUGCCGAACACAGCCAGCCCUUUGUGCAUCUCACCAGCUCUUCAGACCAGCCUCCCAGACGCAAGGGGCUCCGAGGGUCUCAUCCCAAAAUACGACUCCGACAGACUCGAGGCUGACUUGGCAGCAGAGGCCACCCCGCAGCCCAAAGCUCCCCCAGAGGGCUGCAGUCGCAAGCGCCCCGGGGACGCCAAGCCUAAAAACCAGGUCUUGACUGCCUACCUAUCUCACGGCCUUUCCUUAGCUAGCCAGCCAAGCGUGCGGACGACCUCUGAGACGCCUCUCCCAGGGAGCAAGCGCAAGGACCGGAAGUGCAGCAACGCAUCUCGGGAUCAGCCGGCGGCAGAAGUCACUCUCCGCAGUGUGCACCAGGUUGAUCUCAGCCGCGUGAAGAAGGAACGGGUGGAGCCAGAGGUGCUGAUCACCUCCACCACUUGUCUGCAUGCUGGGGCUGCCUCGAGAAGCCCUCCGAAAGCCAAGCUCAAGGGGGUGGCCCACAUCAAAGUGGAGGAGGGCUUCCCCUGCAAGUCCAAGCGGCAGCAUGACGGGCCAGACCGCCUGACCCACAAGAAGCAGAAGUGCAGGGGCAGUGAGGAAUCUCAGGCCCCCUGCAAAUCGGACAGUCAGAACCUGCACACCCACAAGGUGAGUGACUUGCCCUGAUGUGAAAACAGGGAUCGCACCCAGCGUUUCCUGGAGCAGCAUCUGAGGGGUGGAAUGGGUGAGAUUGGGCUGAAGGUUAGGGAGUCCUCAGGGAGGACUAAUCUCUUGCUGAGGACAAGGUAAAAGAUGAACCAGGAUUGAAAGAUGUUGGCAGUAACCUCCUGUAGUGCUGAUGGAGGUCCUGAAGAGCUGCUUCCAAUACUACAGGAAGGAGAGAAUCUUGCCAGGACAGCAGACAGAACCAGGAAUUUCAUGUGAUAACAUUGUGCAUCUUAAAUUAUUUUGUGACUCUCCCUCAUGAGAAGUGCUUGUUUGAUGCACAAGAGCACUAUUAGGAUCAGUGUCCAUUGUUAACACGAAUGUCCUGGUUGGUUAUUUUUUAUUCAGUUUCUUAUUUUCUCUGUAUCUUAGCUAACAGACAGAACGGAUCCAGGAAAAAGAAUUACAUGACAAAAUGCUUCUGAUGUUACAUUUUAAAAUGUAGUUUGUCCUCUAAAAAACUGUAUCCAGGUUGAAUCUCUGUGUAACACACUAGUUGGAGGUGAGGCUGAUGUGUGAAUCCCAGAUGUGGUCUUGGAAGCAUUUCUGGUUUUGUCUGGUGGCUCCAGCCUUAUCAGAAUGCCUUGGGCUUUUCCCUGGGUUUGACUUUACUUGUGUCAGAGGUUUCUUCGUGCAGCUAGAUGGAGCAUGUGACGUCAGAAGAGGCUCAGAGGCACUUGGCUGUGUCAUAUGGCGUAGGGCAAGUCUGUUUUAAUUGCCCCAAGUGCAUGCCCUGUUGCCAGCAGCUGCUUGAAUGAGACACAGCCAUUAAGAAGCCACGGCCUGGCUUCUGAUUUCUUUCAGAGUUCAGUUCAAAGUGGCCCGUGCUUAUCAUUUUAAAGCUCUUGCAUGGCUUGGAACCCAGAUUAUCUCUUACUGUCUUCCUCCCUACCACUGUGACUGAAGUUCACUUCUGUAGCCUUUCUGAGGGUGACCUGCCCUUCAAAGGCUAAGUGAAUGGCAAUAAGGGCAGUGAGAGACCUUUUCAGGUAUUCCUAUAUACAUACACAUACACACACACUUCCCCCAGGUGGCACCAGAUUUUAUGUCAUUUCAUCACCAGCUAAGACCUUUUCCAUUUUCCCAGGUUUUAAUUUCAUUUGUUUAUUUUUUUACCUGCUAAGCAGAUUGGGGUAGUGGUUUUUAUUGCCGUGCCUUUUUUAAAUCUGCUGGAUCUUCCUAACAUUUCAGUUCCAGGGUUUUAUUCUGCCUUGUAUUUCUGAAGUUUCAUUUCAAUUGCAAGCAGCCCUGGGGACAUGGGAGCGCUGGAGGUGUGGGGUACAAACGUGGGAAAAAAAUAACGUGGGACAAACCUGGCAAAGACCUCUCGCUUCCUCUCACCGCCAGUGUGUCUCUUCUGUGUCCACAGUGGCGGAAGCACCACAGCUCCCAUGAGGUCAGCAAGCAGGAGAGCCGGUCGGGCUCCACGAAGGAGCAUGGCAGCCCCCGGGCCAAGCGCAAGCGCCGGAAGGCGUCUCCAGGGCAUCAUGGGCACAGCUGCGAAGAAGGUACAGGAGCCGGGUCUGGGCUCUGGCGAUUGCCUUUCCUAAAAGUGUCCAACAUCCAUGGAAGACUCUCCUACGCUGGGUCUCUCUCUGCUGGGCACAGCCCAUCUUUGCCUACCUCUUGAGAGAGGGAUCGAAAUGGGAGUGAGCCCCCCUUAAAGGGCAGAGCUGCUACCUGCAGUGUGAGGGGUUUCUGUCCAUCCUCUCUGGGGUAUAUGAGGCCCGUUCUCUGAAUUUGUGGCUUGCUUCCUUAAAAUACAGUAGCGUACCUAGCAUUUUCCUUUCUUGUGAGGAAGCAAAAUACAUGUAAUCAAAGGUUUAACAAACAUCAAGCCCAUUAGACAACUUAGAUGUAGGUUUUUAUUUUAUUUUAUUGCAAUUUCCUCUACCUCAGUUUUUGUUUGUGCAACCACGGCAGGACCACUUGCCUGUUGAGCUGGGCAUGAGAGUACAAGCUGAUGAUAAUGCAAAUCAGAACACAACUGUCCUUUGGGUUUUGCACUUGUUCAAAUUUUGCAAUACAGCUCAUAGCUAAAAAAAAUAAAUAAAGAUUUUGGGGGGGUACCAAAAUACGUUUUAAAUGUGUAUUUUAGGUGGGCAGGAAGGGCGGGAUAGAAAUGAAAAUUUUAAAGCAUAUUUUCCAAUUAAUGUGGAAGUGGGACAGAGCAGACUGAACGACUGAACCCAUGCACAGUUUGAUCUGUUUUUCCCUAAUCUCGAGUUGUGUGUCUGAAAACCCCCUUUUGGGUUUGUGGGCUCACUUUCCCAGCUUCACACCUGCUUGUGGCUGAGAUCUCCUCUGGGGUGGGGGCAGGACGGAGGAUGCACAGCUUCCCUGGACCAAUAGUUGUAUUUUUCCAGAUGGCAGUUUAGUUUUCAGAGCUCUCUUCUUUUUUCUUUUCUUUCCCCCCAACCAAACAAUCCUCCUCAGCUUUUAUUGAGAAGAAAUCAAAGAACAGUUUCCAGGACUUCAUUCCUGUGGUGCUGAGCAGCCGGACACGCAGCCAGACAGGUGAGUGGCUGAUUCCUUCGACCUGGGGGAGGGGAACCUGGCUUUUUUUCAGGGGGCUGUGGUCCGUCUGAAACAUAUGCUUGUGUGUUGUGUGAAAUCUUCUUAGCUUAGCUGCCUCGGUCCCCCAGUCCCUAAACAACCAUGCAGAAAGAGACAAGCAAUAUCUGUACUUUGGGUCAAUUUAAUUUUGAAACCAAGUGUGCAGGUUUUUGAGUUGCACAGGUCUCUUCCUCAGAGUGAAUUUUGAAGAAAAAUCAGCAUCUGGAUUUGCUAAUUGUUUUGUUGUUGUUACUUGUGAAAUGAAUUAUAUAUUAGGGGAUUCUGAGAGGGAAAAUUGGGCACAAAAGAGGGAGCCGUUGCUAAAGCUGAGAUCCCGAGGUGUAGUGCUUAAUUCUGAUUGAAGAGCGAGGGGGUCCUUUCCUUUCCUUCUUCCUGUAGGAAGCAUGGGAGGCUCUUCUGUUAACAUGUUGGAGGAGUGUGGCCAGGAGAUUCUACCGCCGGUGGAAGAGGAAGAAGAGAAUGUCGAGGGAGAGGAUGAGCUCGCCCUGAGGCAUCGCAGGCUGAGAAAAUCCCACCGCCUCUCCCCCCACUCCAGCUGCAAAGACGGAGAGCGGUCGCGGUCAGAGAAGAGCAGUUUCCACUUGCGCAAGAGUCAGGGGAUGCCGUGGCAAGUGGACGCCACUCGGCAGCUGUGGAGCCGCAAGGAGGCGGAGGAGGAGAGCGGCCACAUCAAGAGGAAGAAGAGGAGGAGGCAGAAAAGCUGGAAGUACCAGACUGGAGAGUACUUGAUAGAGCGGGAGAAAGAGGAGCACACGAGCUGUUGCCAUAAGCGGCGGAAAAUGAAAGCAGGUAGCGAAGGGGAGCCACCAGGAACAGCAUGGGGCAUGGCUGCAGCACAGGGAUCCUUAAGGCGGCAGCCCUUGGUGCAACUUCUGCGCUGUCAGGCUAGUGGUACUUGGCCCUGUGGCAGCUUCACAUUUAACAGUUCACUUAGUCGCCAUGGGCAACCAGGAAUCCCAUGCAGGCGAGUGAGUGGGCUCGCAAAGGAGGCAUGUACCUUUCUGCCUCUCCUCUGCCAACCUGCUUGGCAGAAUGCAAUUCUUAAAGAAAGCGUAGCCCAUGUUUCUUGCUGGGCGUGGGGCAGGCUGGUAAAUAAAAAACACAGAUUUGUGGGCUGAGCCAGUCCAUGCCAAUACCUGUGACUGGGAGGGUUGUAAGGGGCAGAGAGGGAAACAUUGUACAUCCUGUGUGCCCCCACUGCUCACAGUGGUUGCCAGCACUCUUAGUUUGCCCACCAUGUUUCUGUGCAUGUGCAGUAGUAAUAGCCCAUGGAAACAGUGUGAACCUGGGACAGGCGGUCUCCCUUCCUUGGGUCUUCUGAGGUUUUGCCAAGCAUUGACCAUGCAUUUUGAACCAUGUGGUGCAGUCUGAAGUUUGUCAUCCUGCACGAAGUGCUGCACAAACUGCACACAGCUCUGCCUGUGCCUGAAGCACCCCUGGUGGACACCCAUCCAACUUCACUUCCCUAGAGGUUGUCCAAAAUAGACCUCGCCAGCGUCUUAGCCUGCUUAUUUGUUGUUGAACGGCUGUUAAGUCUGUGGAGUGCCCUUUGAACAACUUAUGCUGCAGCCGUCUCCUCCCUAGAAUUUAAAAGGCAGUGCUUUACCAGAGAGGAAAUAACAAGCAAUUGUCCCUCUCCUUUCUGGCAUCUUUUUUUAAGAAACAAAAACAAAAACAAAACCCUUUUAGGCCAUUGGAAAGAAGAGGGACAAUUGCUCUUGCAGGCUUGCCAAAUUAAUCCUGCUGUCGGCUGCAGGAAGGCCUCCCUCUUCAGCCUGAGUAAGGACAUGUCUUCCGUAGUGGCACGGAGCAAGGCACAACUGUCCAGUUUGUCAGCUGUGGUAGCCACCAGGGGGCGGCUGCUUCGGCUUGGGUUUUGCUAGCAGGGGUGGAAAAAGCUGUGGAGUGCUUUGCGAAGAGCUUAAAGGCCUGGAAGCCUUAAGGGAGGACAGGGCCGCAUGUAUUGUGGGAAAGCUCAUUAAGCAGGAGGAAACUACGUAGAACUUCAAGCACAGCUUCCCUUUGGGGCAAUUGUGGACGUCUGCAGUGUAUCUAACGGCGUGUGCUGCCAGUGGUGGGUCCGUCCACCAGUCUGCUUCUCUCUUCGUCCUCGUUUGUAUGCUAAUUCUUUGCUUCUGGUCAAAGGUAUCAGUUUCCCAGAAUCCUUUGCUUUUGCAGUUCUCUGGCCCUCUGGUCCAUCUUCCUUUCAAGUUGUUAGCAAAGGAUCAUGUACAUCGAUGGCAUAAUAAUAAAUGCAAUAAAGCUACGGAACUCACUGCCACGGUAAUGUGGCAGUGGCUCAGAAUAGAAGGGGGCGAGGGAAAUGGGUGCAGAAGUUGUGACGUUAGUGCCGUUUCAGUUGGCUAAAAUGGGAGCAGUUGCUUAGCAGCACUCCAUAGACUGAGGAUGCUGGACAGCUUCCUCUGGCGUACCCACGGCUGGCUGAUGGUAUGCAAGGGGAGCUAACCAAGAAGCUUGCUCUGAAGCCUCUGCUGUUCCUUUCUUUUUCUACUUCCCACUUCUGUUUGCAUGUUCGGGAGCUGAUUCUGAGGCUAGGCUGCCUCCCAGAAGGGCUUAACAGGGAUGUCUGCAUUUGAGCCUCCUUGUUCUGUUUAAUCCCCCUCUGGCUUGCCUUGCAGACUUCAGGUACCGAAAGCACAAGGAUGCUGUGCCGAGCAAAGGCUCAGACCUGUGUUUGAGGAGCAGGCUUUCUCCAACCCUCCAAGGACGCCUGGACUUUCACAACGGAUUCCUCUUGGAUCACCCUGACUCGGCUCCCAUCCAGGAUGUGCUAGAGAAACCUUCUGGGAAACGCAAAUGCAAAACCAAACACCUCUCAGGCGUCUGUGAAGAGGGGAAGGUACAGUAUUGUUUAGGAGGUGCUGGAGUUGAUUUCGGGAUAGGGUUAGACGGGUGCUGCACCCAGGGCUCUGUGGGAGUCUGAGCUACAAAACCAGGCUCAAUUGCCAGUUAAAAGGUUUAGCUAGCAGUUGCUGGGAAAUAACUUAUCUCGGUUGCCUGGGGCCUUGGGAAGUUGCCACUUGGUAUUGCAUACCAAGGAUGGGCAACCCAUAACCCUCCUGGCUGGGGUGGGAGGGAGCUGAAGUGCCACAGGCAGCAUAUCCCUGUUGUCAACAGUAUUAAUUUAAGCAUAACGAAGAGUCUCAUCCUGGUGUACAGCUGCUCCCUCACUUCCUAUGAAUGGAUCUGCCAGCAUUUUUCAUUUUAUUUUAAAGGGCUCUCAAUAUGAUCAGAGCAGAAGCCAGGUGUGUAUGUGUUCAGAACCCAGAUUGGCAAUCUUAUCUGCCCUCCUGUGCACAAUGCAAAGGCAGAAUGGAUUACUGGGAGCCGAAUCCAGCGUUUGGGAGUCUCAGUUUUCUUUUCUUUUUUUAAGAUUUAACAAAAUGUGAGUGAUGCCUGUGAGAUCCCAGGAAACUGGGCUAGUGUGGUGUUGGAGAGUGUGAUUUACACUGCUGAGAUUUCCGGACUUCCAUAUUGUAUAUCAUUUUCUGCCCUUCUCCACAGCUAGCAGAAGCAGAAUUGAGUGUUCAUACAAAAGUAAACGUGUUAUUGAUGCAAACUGUGACCUUGUGGAAUGCAAGCUUUUUUUGAUUUUUUUAGAGGUUCAGAAUUCUUCUUCGCUUAGCCCUGUUCUGACGCUACUCUUCUUCCUCCCCAAUCAUUCUCUGUGUUCCAUAUUUUUUUUUAAAAAAAAGGCCAAGGCACGCCUGAGCCAGUCCAAGACACGCUCUCCAAAGAAAGCUCGGGAACCCUGCUUGUUGAACAAGUCCCGGCAGCACAAAUCAGAAAGAUCCCCCGAGCCCCCCGCAGCCCCGCCGGUGCCCCCUGAAGCUCGCCGACUGAUUGUGAACAAGAAUGCCGGGGAGACACUGCUGCAGAGAGCAGCCCGGCUUGGCUACAAGGUGGGUGCCCGUUCUUGCAGGGGGCGGGGUGGAUAGAUAAACAGCAGGAGACAAGUGCUGCCAUUGUUUACUAAUCUUGGUUGGGGUUUCUUUCGCCAGGAUGUGGUGAUGUACUGCCUGCAGAAGGAAAACAACGAUGUCAACCACAGGGACAACGCAGGCUACACAGCCCUGCACGAGGCCUGCGCUCGCGGCUGGCUCGACAUCCUGCAGCUCUUGCUGGAGCAUGGUGCAAACGUGAACUGCAGUGCACAGGAUGGCACCAGGCAAGUCCACUGCUGCUGAGGAACCACAGUUGCCAGGGGCUAAGAGGUCUGCUGACUCUGGGCCUCAUUUGGCCCGUUUUAGCUUCUGGAUCUGUAACAUUGACGAGUUAAGCCAGUGAAAGCUGCUGUGGUGCAGUACUUAAGAGUGUCAGAUUUAGGGCAGAGGAGAGCCAGGUUCCAUUGCCAACUCUGCCACUCUCUGGGCAAUCUUGGACCAGCCAUACCCUUUUUCAUGAGGGUAAAGAGAUGGGGGAGACCACGUAAACUUCCUUGAGAUCCUUGGGAGGAAAGGUGGGGUGGCAAUUAAAUAAAUAAAUGCAACCUACCUUGUUCAUGUGCUCUAAGAGGGACAUCUUGCACUGAAUUUCAGCCAGUUCUGAAGGUUGAGAACUGUCUGCUACUCUCUAUUUAAAAAUCCCUGCACAUAGAAAAAUAGCAUGCUAGGGAGAAGGCUCAGCAAGAAUCCCUCCGCGGUCUUGAAAGCAGUCCAGUCCAGGCCACACCCCAUGAGAAAGACACGAUGGAUGGGCUGUCUAAUGCACUCACCUACCCUGAGGGGCAGCGGUUCUGCAAUGUCCCGAGCCCAAAGUGGCGGUGCCUGGAUCUUUUAUCGAGUAAUUCCGGGGACUAAAUUGUUGUCCCGCGUACUUGAAAGGCAUGUGCUUUGCCAUUGAGCUGUGGCUCCGUCAUGUCUGGUACUUCUUUAAAUCCUUGCAGCUCAGGAUAAUUAUUUGUUAAUAAUAUGGUCGUCGCUCAGUUACCAAGGGCAGGCCAGCAGUGGACAUUUCUCCAUAUUCAUUUCUCCCUAUUUAAAAUAUGUAGCAGAGCACAGGACCCUUCCACCCACCUCAGCAUAUUGUUUACGCUGGCUGGCUGAGGCUGUCUGGUUUUUUCAGACGAGUCUCUCCCAGCCCUACCAGAUGCUCCUUGGGUAUUGAACCUGGAACCUCUUGUAGGCAAGCAGAUGCUGAGCUUACCGCCUGCCAUUAACAGAGAGUACACAACACUUCACAAAGGCAAACAGGAGGGGUAGGGUCCCUUGCAGGUUCCUUAAGGGUUCCCUGAUGGCUGUCCUAUGGGGAAGGCCAGGGAGGAAUGGGUGAUCCCUGCUCAGCUCCAGCCUUUUGACUCUGUGAAAUCCGAUUUAAAACUCUUUGUCUCUUGGCAGGCCUGUCCAUGACGCUGCAGCAAAUGACAACUUGGAGAUCAUGUGGCUCCUGCUGUCUUACGGUGCUGACCCAACCCUGGCUACAUAUUCGGGGCAGACUGCCCUGAAGCUGGCCAGCAGCGAAAACAUGAAAAAUUUCCUUAAUGGUAGGUUUCCUUUUGUCAAAGGUAAGGCAGCAAUUUUACACACACCCCGGCCAUUGGAUACUAGAUAUGACGUGUGUGUUGCUGCAGUCGAAAAUGCACAUGGGUUUUGCAGGAAAAGUGCCUGAUUUGCACUAAAGGACAUCAUUCUGCAGGAUAUAUACAUGCUUCUUUGGGUUGAUUCUGGUGCAUAGUUUUCCCUCUGAGGAGGGCUUUGGACGGAUUCAUGUUGGAGGGCUCUACCUUGAAAACAUUAGACUAGAAUCCUACAUGAAUAUUUCUAGAAGGUACCCGUGAGCAAAAGACGAAGAUUUUUGCUCCAUUAAAGGUGGAUUUAUGUGGAUUUAUCAUAACAUCACAAUCUUUCAUGGUAAAUCCACAUUGAAUUAUGCCUUUAAUCCAGGGUUUCCCAAGCUUUGGUCUCCAGCUGUUUUUUGGACUACAAUUCCCAUCAUCCCUGACCCACUGCUCCUACUAGCUUGGGGUGAUGGGAGUUGUAGUCCAACAACAGCUGGAGGCACAAGUUUGGGAAACCCUGCUUUAAUCAGUUUUUAUGGCAAGGAUUGUGGAACCUUCAUCCUGCAGGCCAAUUUUGGGUCCAGUUUGGCCCAUGAGACCAUUUCCCCUAAACUGUGCCCUCUCUGGUCAGUCACCUGACAUCACUUUGAUGGGUGGGUGAAAUCAGUUGAUGGGCUGUGCUUGCCUGUUCCCCACAUGGAGCUGGUAUGCUCAGCCAAAGCAUCAGUAUUUUAAGUGCCCUCCGAUCACCUGAUGAGAGACAGUUCAGUUCUGCUCCUUGCUGCUUCCUGGUGACUUUUCCCUUCCACAAGUUAACUUAAACAGGUUAGCUAGAUUGCCUACUUAAUGGUCACCUGAUGGCUGAUGGGUUGCCUCUGCCUACCUGUAAAAGUUCAGACACAAGGAUAGGAAGAGAUAAAAUAUCUGGCACACCAGGUCAAAAAGUCCCCCACCUUACUCUCUGGGAACCUUGCCUAAGCACCCAAAAACACAUUGAUGUCUCAGCUUCCUUUAUUCCAUUUUAUCUUCUUGCAGAUUACCUCUUGGAUCUGCAGGGUCGAGCUGAAGGGGACCCCCAUACAGCCUGGGAUUUUUACAGCAGCACUAUAGUAGGUGAGUAGACCCCACCUACCUCUUUUCCCUGCUCCCUGAAACAACAUGUAGUGGAGCUGAUCGGAUUCCCUCCAUCCUUAGAGGCAGGAUGUUUGGAGCAAGGGAAUGAAGUGCAGGGCAUUUUUUGAUUGUUUCCCAAGCACUCUGUCUUUUGGUCUGAAACCACUUGCUACUGCAGCGUACUGAGUGGAGGAGAAAGAUCUUCAAAGAUGUGUUUGAACCAUUUUCUUCAAAAGGUGGGUGAUUUUGCCCAGUUACUGCCCUUUGAAGAAACCGGUUUGGUUGCCCCUGUGGAAGAGCCUUCAAGCUCAAGACGUGUUGGUCUCACAAGCGCACCUUGGGAUGUUUCCUCCGUUCUUUGUUCCUUUGCUGGUGCCUUCCCUUCUUCAGCCUAGGCAGGGAUAGGGAACCUGUGGCCUUCCAGGUGCUGCUUGACUUCCGCUUCCGUCAUCCCUAACCAUUUGCUUGGUCUGAUGGGAGUUGGGAGUCCAGCAACAUCUGGAGGGCCACAGGUUCCCUGUCCUUGUCCUAGUGGCAGCUCUGGGCAAGCAGUAGGCAGCAAGAGAUGGGUGACUUUUGGCAUACCUUGUGCCAGAAUUCCAGCCAUUCUCUGGGAGAAAAUAACCUGCUGCUCCUGUGCCCGAGGAAGUUGGCCUCUCCCAUCCUGAGAGUGGAGAGAGUGGGGAAAUGAGUAUGUAUCUAGGACUGUUUGUCUUCUCUGUUUAAAUGUGGGAAAGAGGAACCCAGCAUUUUUGCAUCCGUGCAGUCCAGAAGAGUUGAUUUUUGUGCCUGCUGAAAGUAGCCUCCCCUCACCUGGUGCCUUCUAGAUUCUGCAUGAUCCCAGCUCCCAUCAACCCCAGCCAGCACUGCUGACAGUCAUGAGUAAUGGGAGUUGUAGUCUAAAAACAACUGGAGGGCACCACAUUGGAGAAGGUAGCUCUAAAGGACGAGGAUUGAGCACUGUGCAUGUUCCCUUAUUAUGCACAAUUUAUCCCACUGUUUGGGGGGGGGUUAUCUGUCAUUUAUUCUAGCUUUGCUGAUCCUGGGAGGGGCUGAUGAGCUGUGCACCCCAACCACUGGAAACCUUACAUGCUGACCUCUGAAACAUCAGGAGACCCAGCUUACUUGCACUGCCAGAUGUUUCUCUGCCCCUAAAAAGGCUAGAUGCAUGGGGUUUUUCAAAACAGGAGCUGUCAUUCUUGCAGAGCUACAUUCCUCACCCAGCCUGAGCCUUCUGCACUCCUGCAGCAUUGCAGAGUAACACAGCCCCAUAGUGGUCUCUAAAUUUCUAUUGGCUUCUGCCAGCUGUUCCUCCAGGCAUCUCCAUGCUGGGCUUCUUUUGCAGCCCGUGGUCGGGUUGCUAUGGCGAUGGCUGUCCAGCAAGUGAACUGGGCACAGGGAAGGCUAGGGAGCAAGGUUGUGCGUGCAGAGUUCUUUGAGCCCGUGGCGUUUCCCCUCGCUCACCUCCCUCUCCCUCUCCAUUUCCCGCAUCCCUUGUUUCAGAGGGGAAAGAUAAAAUCGGCUGUGACCUUCUGCUCAACCCUCCCGGGAGCUCUGAUCAGGAGGAAGAUGAGCAGGACUCGGACCACCUCAUGUUUGAGUUCUCCGACAAGCCGCUGCUCCCCUGCUACAACCUGGAAGUGUCUGUCUCCCGGGGGUGAGUAGUGCCAGCAUCUCCUUGUUGGGAGAGCUUGGGGAGCUUGUGAGAACGGGCCAAAUUGUACCACCCCACUACUCCCUGGGAGAAAGAGGAGCCCUGAAGUCCGAAGGCCAGUGUUAUUGGAAGGUGGUGAGCAGGAGGGACGGAAGGACGGGUCUGUUGCAGACAACAGCUUUUGAGAGCCUUGGGGAAAGGAUGAGCGAGACGUGCAUUUGCUUGCAAGUCAACUUUCCCUUUCCUUCUCUAGCUCACACAGGCACAGCAAGGUUUUGCCAGCUGCUCAAGGAGGGGAGGGGCAUUCAGAGAGCCUGCUGUGACAAAUGAGAGACUGGCAAACUAUGACAAAAUAACAGGCUUUGUGGUGGUGGUGGUGGGGUACAUGAUGCCUAUUCUGCAUGUUAAGCGUGGAAGUGGUGGGAGCUCCGUGGUUCCAAAAGGAUGGGGGUGGGGGCAGGUAGGGUCGUGGCCAAGAUCCUGCAUCUGCAAAAGCACCGUUCCAAACUGCUGGUGCUGCAGUCGUUACAAUGCUGUGACCCAGAUAAAGGAUGCAAAGGAAGCAGAUCUCAGAAUGUCUUGUGCUUUUGCAUCAUUGGUUCUGAUUUUUAUUAGGCAGAAGCUGGGGGAGGGGUGGGGGAGGGCCGCACAGCACAGAGACGAGCUACCCAGAAGUCCCACUACCUGACCCAAGUCCUGCCUCCUGCUGAGAUGUCGGUAGGGACAGGCCUGCAGUGUAUUCAAGCAUAAUGGGCACCCAUGAGGGUUAGAAGCAUGGUCUUCAAAAACAAAGCACUACCAUCCUUUUCACUUACUUGCACCAGGCAGUUGUGGCCCUGGAUGAUGUGAGGUGGGUGCUAACGGCUGGGGAGAGAGGUUGUGUGGCAUUGCGGCACGAGCACUUUUAAAAUAAAAACACUCGAACAGUGUUUCCCAAACUUGGGUCUCCAGCUGUUUUCAGACCACAACUCACAUCAUCCCUAGCUAGCAGGACCAGUGGUCAGGGAUGAUGGGAAUCAUAGCCCCAAAACAGCUGCAUACCCACGUUUGGGGAAACACGGCACUAGAAGAUAGGGCAGUUGCUCUGAGUACAUUAGGGAUGGGGAACAUGUGGCCCUUCCAGAUGUCAUUGAGCUCCAACUCCUGUUGGCCCCAGCCAGUUUGGCCAGUGGGAAGAAUAAUGGCGGUUGCGAUCCAGCAACAUAUGGGGAAAAUGGGCUUCCGUCAAGAUGGGAUGGUGUCGCUUAUGGGUAGGUUUCAACCCUUGCAUUUCAGCUUUUAGAACAUUGACUGUGGGGGUGAGAGGGUGAAAUGGAGAACAGGGGAGGGAUGGGCACAGAGAGCAUGUCCCUACUGACCACCGCGCUUCUCCCCUUUGCCCAGGCCCUGCAACUGGUUCCUCUUCUCGGACGUGCUGAAGCGGCUGAAGCUCUCGUCCCGCAUCUUUCAGGCCCGUUUCCCACACUUCGAGGUGACCACCCUGCCCAAGGUGGAGUUCCAGCGCCAGAUGUCGUUGAGCCAGGUGCUGGCCCCGGAAGAAAUCCAGGCGCACAUGGCGCCCCCCUUGGCCCUGGGCGCUGCAGAGACGGUGGAGCUGGUGCGCCACGAGCCAGAGCUGGCUCGGCUGCUGGGCUCGGAGGUGAUGUUGGAGGCCUGGAGCAGCUGA